GAGGUCGAUAUGGCUGUUCGUGUAUAAUUUUCAAGAGAGCGCUCAUGGGUCUGACUAAGCCACAGUAAAAUGUCUGACUUCAUUGAAAGUGAAGCUGAAGAAUCUGACGAGGAGUUGUUUGAGGGGUCAGAGGAGACCCAGAUAAAGGAACAAAAGCUUUGUAAAGCAAAUGAUGAUGAGGAAGAAGAAGAAGAGAAUACUGAGGACCAGGAUGAACACGGGAACCUUCGGGGUCUGAUUGACGAUGGCGUUGACCAAGAGGAAGAGGAGGAGGAUGAAGGGAAGAGAGAAAGAGAUAGUGACUCAGGGGAAGAGAUUGGCCACCGUAAGAGAAAAAGAAACUAUGAUGACCGGUUGGAUGAUGAUGAUAUUGAUCUCAUUGAGGAGAAUUUGGGAGUCAAAGUGAAGAGGCAAAGGUUUCGGCGCUUGCGAGACAUGUCUGACGAUGAGGAUGAGGAGGGUGAUGAUGAUGUCAGGGAAGCUCAUGAGAAAGAUAUGAUAGCGGAUGAGAUCUUCAUGGGAGUGGGAGGCCUGGAUGAGAGUGAAGCUGUAGAUUUGCCUCUUCAUCCAGGCGAAGAUGACGAAGAGGAUGAUGAAGAGUCAGACAUUGAUGACUUUAUCGUGGAUGAUGAUGGACAACCUUUGAAGAAACCCAAAUGGAGGAAGAAGUUGCCAGGAUACACGGAUGCAGCUCUUCAGGAAGCCCAAGAGAUCUUCGGAGGGGACUUUGACUUUGCAGAGUUUGACACAGAGGCGUACGAUGAUGCAGAGGAGGAGGAGGAAGACGCGGAGGACGAGAGCUGGGACAGGCCCAAGAAGCAGACCAAGAAGAGGGUGGGCCGACGCAGCAUCUUCGAGAUCUAUGAGCCCAGCGAGCUGGAGAGCAGUCACAUGACUGACCAGGACAAUGAGAUCCGCUCCACAGACAUGCCGGAGAGAUUCCAGCUGCGUUCCACUCGUGUGAAGCCUGCGGAAGAUGUGGAGCUGGAAAUGGAGGCUGAGUGGAUCUACAGGAAUGCCUUCUCCACGCCCACCAUCUCCAUGCAGGAGAAUACAGACUAUUUGGAUCGAGGUCCAACCACCAAUUUCAGUAGAAAAGGUCCCAGCACUAUUCAGAAGAUUAAAGAGGCACUGAACUUCAUGAGAAACCAACACUUUGAGGUUCCAUUCAUAGCGUUCUACAGAAAAGAAUAUGUGGAGCCAGAGCUCAACAUUAAUGAUCUGUGGAAGGUCUGGUUGUGGGACGAGAAGUGGACACAACUGAAGACUCGCAAGCAGAACUUGACACGUCUGUUCCGGAAGAUGCAGGCCUAUCAGUUUGAGCAGAUCUCCGCAGACCCAGACAAGCCCCUGUCUGACGGCAUACGUCCAUUAGACACAGCAGAUAUAGAGAGACUCAAGGAUGUUCAGUCCUCUGAUGAACUGAGUGACGUGUACAACCACUUCCUCCUGUACUACGGCCGGGAUAUCCCAAAGAUGCAGAAUGCGGCUAAGUCCAGCAAGAAGAAGCUGAAGAAAAUCAAAGAAGUGGAUGAAGAUGGGCUAGAGCAGGAGCCGGAGGAGGAAGAGGAGGAGGUGGUGCCACAGUCAAAGGGGCCAGACCUGAAACUAGCAUCUCGCAGGGACAUGAACAGUAUCUGUCAGAGUGCAGGACUUGAUGGUCUGGCAAAGAAGUUUGGUUUGACUCCGGAGCAGUUUGGUGAGAAUCUCCGUGACAGUUACCAGCGUCACGAGACUGAGCAGUUUCCCGCGGAGCCCCUGGAACUGGCCAACGAUUACAUCUGCAGCCAGUUCAGCACAGCCGAGGCAGUACUGGAAGGCACCCGUUACAUGGUUGCCAUGCAGAUCGCUCGAGAGCCUCUGGUCAGACAUGUGCUCCGACAGACAUUCCAGGAGAGGGCCAAAAUCAACAUCAAACCCACCAAGAAGGGCAAGAAGGAUGUGGACGAAGCCCAUUAUGGCUACUCUUUCAAAUACCUGAAGAACAAACCUGUGAAAGAGUUGAAUGGAGACCAGUUCCUCAGAAUGUGCCAGGCAGAGGAGGAGGGGCUCCUGAUCAUCAACAUCUGUAUUGACCUAUUAGGAGUGAAGGGAUACGGAGAUCAGACAUACUUUGAGGAGAUCAAGCAGUUUUACUACAGAGACGAGUUCAGCCACCAGGUCCAGGAGUGGAACAGGCAGCGCACGCUUGCCAUUGAACGCUCCCUCAAGCAGUUCCUGUACCCUCAGAUGGGAAAGGAGCUGAAGAACAAGCUGAUCGCUGAGGCCAAGGAGAGCAUCACAAAGGCCUGCAGCAGAAAGCUGUAUAACUGGCUGAAGUUGGCGCCCUACCGGCCCGACCAGCAAGUGGAGGAGGAUGAGGAGGAACUUGUGACAGAUGCCCAGGGCAAGGGGAUCCGGGUACUGGGAGUGGCCUUUUCUUCUAGCAGAGACGCCCCGGUGUUCUGUGCCCUGGUGAAUGGAGAUGGGGAGGUGGGGGAUUUCCUGAGGCUCCCCUACUUCCUGAAGAGGAGGAAUGCAUGGAGGGAGGAUGAGAGGGAAAAAAAGAUACAAGAUAUUGACAACCUGAAGAAGUUCCUGAGCACCAAGAAGCCUCAUGUCAUCGCUGUGACUGGAGAAAACAGAGAUGCCCAGAUGGUUAUUGAGGAUAUCAAGCGUGCAGCCAGUGAACUGGAACAGGAGUCCUCCUUCCCUGCUAUAGGAGUGGAGCUGGUGGACAACGAGCUGGCCGUGCUCUACAUGAAUAGCAAGAAAUCUGAGGCUGAUUUUCGGGACUACCCCCCUCUCCUGAGACAAGCCGUGUCUGUGGCCAGGAAGAUCCAGGAUCCCUUGGUGGAGUACGCCCAGGUGUGCAGUAGUGACGAGGACAUCCUCUGUCUCAAACUCCAUCCUCUACAGGACCAUGUAGUGAAGGAGGACCUGCUGAACGCACUGUACUGUGAGUUUAUUAACCGGGUCAACGAGGUGGGCGUGGAUGUGAACAGGGCCAUUGCCCACCCAUAUACCCAGAGCUUGGUCCAGUACGUCUGUGGCCUAGGGCCCAGGAAAGGUGCCCACCUGCUCAAGAUCCUGAAACAGAACAACACGCGUCUGGAGAACCGCACUCAGCUAGUUACCAUGUGUCACAUGGGGCCCAAGGUCUUCAUUAACUGUGCCGGCUUCAUCAAGAUCGACACAGCGUCUCUGGGAGACAGCACCGACUCCUACAUCGAGGUUCUGGAUGGGUCCCGGGUGCAUCCGGAGACAUACGAGUGGGCGCGCAAAAUGGCAGUGGACGCCUUGGAGUACGACGAGUCAGCGGAGGACGCCAACCCUGCAGGAGCCCUGGAGGAGAUCCUGGAGAACCCGGAGCGUCUGAAAGACCUGGACCUGGACGCCUUCGCAGAGGAACUGGAGAGACAGGGCUAUGGCAACAAGGGAAUAACGCUGUAUGACAUCCGUGCCGAGCUGAGCUGCAGGUACAAGGACCUGAGGUCCACCUACAGGGGCCCCAACACAGAGGAGAUCUUCAACCUGCUGACCAAAGAGACCCCCGAGACCUUCUACAUAGGUAAACUGAUCACCAGUGUGGUGACGGGCAUCGCCCACAGACGUCCCCAGGGUGAGAGCUAUGACCAGGCGAUCAGGAAUGACGAGACUGGUCUGUGGCAGUGUCCCUUCUGUCACCAGGACAACUUCCCUGAGCUAAGCGAGGUGUGGAAUCAUUUUGACAGUGGUUCCUGCCCCGGCCAGGCUAUAGGGGUGCGCACCCGCACGGACAAUGGGGUCACUGGCUUCAUCCCCACCAAGUUCCUCAGUGACAAAGUGGUGAAGCACCCUGAAGACAGAGUCAAGGUGGGCAUGACAGUGCACUGCAGGAUCAUGAAGAUAGACAUAGAGAAGCUGAGUGUUGACUUGACCUGCCGCACGUCAGACCUGUCAGACAAGAACAAUGAGUGGAAGCUUCCCAAAGACACCUACUAUGACUUUGACCUGGAGACGGAUGAUGUGAAGCAGGAGGAGGAGGCCAAGAAGAAACAGCAGAGAACAACCUACAUCAAAAGGGUCAUCGCUCACCCCUCCUUCCACAACAUCAACUUCAAGCAGGCAGAGAAGAUGAUGGAGUCGAUGGACCAGGGGGAUGUCAUCAUUCGUCCCAGCAGCAAGGGAGAGAAUCACCUGACAGUCACCUGGAAGGUGGCUGAUUGUAUCUACCAGCACAUCGACGUGCGUGAGGAGGGGAAGGAGAACGCCUUCAGUCUCGGGCACACCCUCUGGAUCAACAAUGAGGAGUUUGAAGAUCUCGAUGAAAUCACAGCCCGAUUCGUUCAACCAAUGGCUGCGUUUGCUCGUGAUUUGCUUGGUCACAAGUAUUUUCAAGAAUGCAGUGGUGGAGACAGAAAGAAAAUGGAGGAGGUCCUCGUGAAAAGCAAGAAAGAGAAGCCUACAUUCAUCCCCUACUAUGUGUCGGCCUGUAAAGAGUUUCCAGGAAAGUUCCUGCUCGGCUACCAGCCUCGCGGAAAGCCAAGGAUUGAGUUUGUCACCAUCACGCCUGAAGGUUUCCGAUACAGAGGCCAGAUUUUUCCCACAGUUAACGGGCUCUUCCGCUGGUUCAAGGAUCAUUACCAAGAGCCUGUGCCAGGAGUUACACCAGGCAGUAGCACCAGAACAAGAACCCCGGCCUCCAUGAAUGCCACGCCAGCCAAUAUCAAUAUUGCAGACCUGACUCGAGCAGUCAGUGCCCUCCCACCCAACAUGACCUCUCAGAUGUUCAAUGCCAUCGCUGCGGUAACCGGCCAGGGUGGGCAGAAUUCCAACACCACCCCGGCUCAGUGGGCGUCCAGCCAGUACGGCUACAGUGGAAGCAGCACCGGCGGAGGGGGCAGCAGCAGUGCCUACCACGUGUUUGCCACCCCAGCCCAGCAGCCCAUAGCUACCCCACUCAUGACACCCAACUACUCCUACACCACACCCAGUCAGCAGGCCAGCGUCACCACCCCCCAGUACCCCAGCAGCACCCCUCACUCCUCCCAUGGACACCGCCCAUCCUCCUCCCGACACAGGACACCACAGGCUAAGCCGACCUCACACACAGCCGUUGACUGGGGCAAAAUGGCAGAGCAGUGGCUUCAGGAGAAGGAGGCAGAGCGUAAGAAGCAGAGGCCCAGAGUGACCCCACGGCCCUCCCCCAGCCCCAUGAUCGAGAGCACACCCAUGUCCAUAGCCGGGGACGCCACGCCCCUCCUGGAUGAGAUGGACCGCUAGACCAUGAGGAAAUGGAAUUAAAAACUGAACAGUCCUUCCAGGAAUAGAGAAUUCGUCAACCAUUUUAAAAUAGGCAAGUACCAUCCUCUGUGUUCCAUAACUUGUCAUUCUGUUCCCAUGAUGGAAUUUCACAGGAAACAAAGAAAGUGCAUGCUUUGUUGGAAUCAGACUGUAAGCUUACUAACUUCAAAUGCAUGCAAAUACAACAAUAAAAGCACUGUAUGUGAAUAGCACUCAGAGGUUACUAUAACUUCAUGAUAACAAUCUCACAUUGGGUUCUAUGACUGCAAUUAUUGUGCCCAAGUAUAUUUUUUCAGACAUCUUUGCCUCAUCGCUACAGUAUGCUGUUGUUCGUCUGAAUGACUAGCCUUUUAUAUAUUUUAACUGUUCUGGUGCUGCUUAGUUGUGUGGGCUGUGAUGUUCACACAAAUACACUUUAUUGCAUAGUAGAUUGAAAAUGAAAGAAAAUGUAUUUGAAAAGUAUUAGAAAGAAAUGUCAAAGAAUGGGUCAAAUCUUGAGCACUUUCACCAUUAGGUGUUUUUAACCUUUUUUGUAUUUUUAAAAGCAUUGCAUAAGCAUGUUAUGGUCAAUAAUCUAUAUCCACUGUGAUUUAUAAACAUACAGGAUUUACAAUAGUUACUUUGCAAUUAUAAGUAUUUCACUGUGAUCCAGUAUCAAUUAGAAAAGAUAAUACAUUUUGUUUGGCGCCUAUUUAAUUGAAAGAUGUACUGUAUUGUUUGAACUCUAAAUAUCUGUGUAUAUCAUCUAUUUUCAUUACUCAUCAUGUGCUGAUGGAGCCCACCAAUAAAACAGUCAAUGGAUAACCAGACAACUGGA